CUCAGGUGGUCCUGGACGCGCCAGGCUGGGGCCGCUUUUGAGUGCCCCGCGGGGGCCAUGGACGGCGAGACAGCAGCGGAGCAGGGGGGGCCCGUGCUCCCCCCCGGUGGACCCGGCUCUGGAGGGCGGCGGGAACCCAAGAAGUACGCGGUGACAGACGACUACCAGUUGUCCAAGCAGGUGCUGGGCCUGGGUGUGAAUGGCAAGGUGCUCGAAUGCUUCCACCGGCGCACAGGCCAGAAGUGCGCUCUGAAGCUCCUGUACGACAGCCCCAAAGCCCGGCAGGAAGUGGACCACCACUGUCAGGCCUCAGGAGGCCCCCACAUUGUGCGUAUUCUGGACGUGUAUGAGAAUAUGCAUCAUGGCAAGCGCUGUCUCCUCAUCGUCAUGGAAUGCAUGGAAGGUGGUGAGUUGUUCAGCAGGAUUCAGGAGCGUGGCGACCAGGCUUUCACUGAGAGAGAAGCUGCAGAGAUCAUGCGGGAUAUCGGCACCGCCAUACAGUUUCUGCACAGCCGGAACAUUGCCCACCGGGAUGUCAAGCCCGAAAACCUGCUGUACACAUCCAAGGAGAAAGAUGCAGUGCUCAAGCUCACUGACUUCGGCUUUGCCAAGGAAACCACCCAGAAUGCCCUGCAGACACCCUGCUACACUCCCUAUUAUGUGGCCCCUGAGGUCCUGGGUCCAGAAAAGUAUGACAAGUCAUGCGACAUGUGGUCCCUGGGUGUCAUCAUGUACAUUCUCCUCUGUGGCUUCCCACCCUUCUACUCCAACACGGGCCAGGCCAUCUCCCCAGGAAUGAAGAGGAGGAUCCGCCUUGGUCAGUACGGCUUCCCCAAUCCUGAGUGGUCAGAGGUCUCUGAGGAUGCCAAGCAACUGAUCCGCCUUCUGCUGAAGACAGACCCCACAGAGAGGCUGACCAUCACUCAGUUCAUGAACCAUCCUUGGAUCAAUCAAUCAAUGGUGGUGCCACAGACCCCACUCCACACAGCUCGAGUACUGCAAGAAGACAAAGACCACUGGGAUGAAGUCAAGGAGGAGAUGACCAGUGCCCUGGCCACCAUGCGGGUGGACUAUGACCAGGUGAAGAUCAAGGAUCUGAAGACCUCUAACAAUCGGCUCCUCAACAAGCGGAGAAAAAAACAGGCAGGCGGCUCUUCAGGCUCACAGGGCUGCAACAACCAGUAGCUCAUGGAGUCAUGGAAGAGCCAGGCCUUUGCCUGAGGGAUAGACUGGAGCAUGCUGAAGCCAUGGCCGGGAAGACCCAGGGUUAUUUUUUUAACAAAAGGAUUAUUUUGUUGUGUUUUAAUUUUUCACUUGGAACUUGAGGAUGGGAACCCUGACCAAAAACUCCUUCAGAGCUCUAGUCCCAGCCCAGGCUCUAG